GACCAUACUCACCUGUACCAUACUAUUCCUGGCAUACUAUGUAUGAUAUGCAUGAUUAUGGCAACACAGACGCGCGGCCGAUGAGUGGCUUGAGCUGCCGAUGCUUAGAGAGGCUCGAAGGCAACCUCAUCCUCCAAUACAGGCCUCUCAUGUUGAAAGCAUCUUGAAGCCAAAUACCGUGCGGAGCCGCUCAUGUUUGACCACAAAGUACACAUUGCAAUCUUGCCCCAGUCACCGCAUCACCAGUUGCCCUGCCCCACGCUUUGCUCACCAUGACGAUAGCGGCCCAGCUCUUCAACUUCCCAAGCCUCACCGUAGUAGAGGCUGUAGAGGCGCUGCUGGCUAUCAAGCAGUUCCCCAACUACUAGUCUACAGCUCCGGGAGCCAUCUGACCGCCGUGGUCGGCAUAGUCCUCGCGAACUAUGCGUUUGGCGUCGUUUUCUGGGCGUUUCUGUAUUCGAGGUUUCUCAGUCCCCUCUGCUACAUCCUUGGGCCAAAGGCUUUCAUUAGCGCUGCGUACCGAGCCAUUGUCGUCAAGGAGGGGCCAUCGGGAGACAUCUUCCUCAAGCUGGCCAAGCAGUAUUUUGACUAGGACCUGAUUGCGCUUGACGUCUUUGGCCGUCAGAUCUUCGUC